AUGGAUCCUCCUUACAAAUUUUAUCAUUUGCACGAAUUUGAUACAAAAGGACUUUUUGAUAGAUACUUUUCUGCGACAGCCGACAAGCUUUACUAUGAUGAGGUUGUGGUUUUUCCCAUGAAAGUACUUCACAAGGCAGUUGCUAAAGGUAACAUUAGAGGAGAAGUUCUGAUAGACGUUUCGGUUGGCCCCACAUUUCACCAACUUUUAUCAGUUUCUGAGUAUUUCAAAGAGAUCACUGUUCUAGAAUUCAGCGAUGCCUGUAUCAAGGAUCUGGAGAACUGGGUGAAAAAAGGAGACGAUGCCUUUGACUUGUCUCAUACAUCAAAGUUUCUGACAGAACUACAGGAAACCAAUGAUAAGUGGGAAGAAAAGGAAGAGAAUGUCAGAAAAAGAAUUAAACACAUCUUGAAAUGUGAUUUUACCAAAAAGAACCCUACAGACCCUGUUGUGUUGCCAAAAGCCGACUGUAUUGUGAGUUAUUUUGGAAUAAAUGUUGUUUCCAAAGAUCAAAAAAGCUACAGUGACAACCUGAAAAAACUCUCAAUUAUGCUGAAGCCAGGAGGCCGCCUGUUAUUAUUUGGUGGGUUUAAUGCAGUUUUCUUCACCCUUGCUGAUGAAAAGUUUCAUACCUUAUCAUAUGAUGAAGCUUUUCUCAGAAAGGCCUUGGCAGAAGCCGGCUUUGCUAUUGACGGCCUGGAGGUUUUGGAAAGCAAAAUGCGCAAUGAGUCCUUUUAUUGUGAACAUAUUUGCUUUGUUAAUGCUUUAAAAAUAAAAGAACCUAAGAUGUAG